CUAGUGCAGUUUCACUUGUUCAUACUUCGCUGCCAGGUACUGCAGUCUAUGUCGGAUAUCCUGGAGCGCAACCCCCGAACGGAUGAGGUCAAGUCGGAUAUACAAACCAACUAUCGUAAGAUCUGCCGCUUUGCCUCCAAAGCCGAAAAGCUCACAGAAGGAUUUGACGACACUACUUUGCAAGCACGCAGUGAGUACUGGGCUGGACGUGGUUGCGGCGGCUUGGGACACUGGCUGUCUGCCAAGAUGCAUUUUGGGAAUGCAAUCAAACUCGACACACCAAAUAAUGCGAACAAUCACAACAACCUUCAGCAUAGAGGACUACGUCCAAAUGAACGGGCAGAUGUACGUUUUCUGCUGCAGAUUGUCACACAGCGCAACGAUAGAUGCGUUCGCAAGAGAGAGGAAGCCCGUAAGACUCUGAGUGAGCUCGAGUUUGAAGAGGUUGAUUGGGACAAGGAAGAUAUGAAAGAUCAUCGGUGGACACCCUACCGUGAUUGCAUGAAGCGCGCCGCAAAGCAACAGGUAGAGAUAUGUCACAAAACAGGCACACCCAUGAACCAUUUGCUCACCAGCGAUGGCCAACCAGCAAACAUUCUUAAACAAAAGGAGAUAAACAUGGUUCUGGAAAGACUAGCCAAGCGAGAUGGCAAGGCACUCCUCUGCAUGACGCUCAACGCGGAAGAAUGGCGUUACAUUUUCCGCGGCGACGCAGCUAUGGAGAAGGACAACCUUGGUACAAACGACACUGGCAGAGACAAAGCAGACGACCAUCUACCUGAGCAAAUGGCUGAGCAUUCUUUGCCUCCUUCGAUCAACGCCUCUGUACAGCCAUCACUUGAAAUAUCACGUAACCUGUGCGAUGAACUGGAAGAAAUUGAAUACAAAAGUGGCGAGGAA